AUGCUUCAAGACCACAUCAGGGGGAAAGACUCUAGGGCUGCAGAUAAGACUGUUGCCAUGGUCCUGAAGGAGAUACCAAGUAAGGCGUCAUCAGAAGGGAAGCCCCUCCUCACAGUGACUACCAAGCUGGUGAGUGAGCAACAAGAGAGCCGCCCGCUUCUAAGCCCUUCCAUUGACGAUUUCCUCUGCGAGACCAAGUGUGAUGGGGUUUCCCGCCCAGUGACUUCCAACACAGCUGUUUUGUCAUCAACACUCGAUCUGCUGGACCUCAGUGAACCUGGUGAGAGGAGGAACAGCAAGGACAGGAAGAGUCCCCUGUCAUCCAGCCAGAAGAACAACUCUCACAGGAAGAAGACGGAUGAGACGGAGCUGAUCCAGGUGGAAGUUGAACGGACGGGACCAAGCAUGCGGACACCAGAGAGAGCAUCACUAGACUCAGUUACCAUUGGUUCACCGCUGGAUAAAUGGGAAGAGCUGAACCCAGAGCGAAAUGGCAACCGAAAAUGGAAGAUGGAGAGACGGCGUUCAUCUAAAAAUUCAUCUAAUGAAUUUCUGUGGUCCAUAGACUGUAAAACCCAAUUAGAGACAUUGAAUAAGAACACCGUGGAAGCGAAUACCAAUACCAAAGCCGAGCCAGAGUCUGCCCUCGCAUCUCAACUCAACAGGCAGUAUAUUAGUGGAAGACAUGCUCGUCUCAGUAAGGAGCAGCGGUGGGGUAGCGCCCUCCUGUCCAGACAUCAGUCCCUGGAGGAGGAGUUUGAGAGAGCCAAGGCUGCUGUUGAGUCAGAUACCGAGUUCUGGGAUAAGAUGCAGGCAGAGUGGGAAGAGCUCGCUCGAAGGAACUGGCUGACGGAGAACGAGCAAGCACAGAUUCCCUCAUCUGUCUCUCCACAUGAGAAGGGUUACUACUUCCACACAGAUAAUCCUUAUAAGGAUUUGCCUAACGCAUUUGAAGAGGGACUAAAGAAAUCUCGAGAGGGAGACCUGCCAAACGCUGUGCUUUUGCUGGAAUCAGCAGUCUUGCAGGACCCUCACGAUUCAGAGGCUUGGCAAGUGUUGGGGACCACCCAGGCUGAAAAUGAGAAUGAGCAGUCAGCGAUUGUCUCCCUCCAGAGGUGUUUGGAGCUCCACCCCAACAACCUUCAGGCCCUCAUGGCCUUGGCAGUCAGUCUGACCAACACAGGUAUGCGCUAUGACGCAUCCGAAGCCCUGCUCCGCUGGCUGCGACACAAUCCAAAGUACAAGCACCUGCUGAAGGGCAAGAACCACCUGGUGGAAUCCCCGACCUCCCAACGCAGGAUGUCUCAUGCUCCCAACAUGGGCAAACACGAAAGCUUUAUGCUGCCUGAGGCCAGAGAGCUCUUUCUGGAAGCAGUUCAGCAGAACUCUGACAGUAUCGACCCAGAUUUGCAGACGGGCCUCGGGGUGCUCUACAACCUUAGUGGCGAGUUCAACAAAGCUGUUGAGGCCUUCAAUACGGCGCUGUCAGUGCGGCCCGAGGACUACUUGUUAUGGAACCGCCUGGGGGCCACACUGGCAAACGGGGACCGGAGUGAGGAAGCUGUGGAGGCUUACACGCGAGCCCUAGAGCUACAGCCUGGGUUCAUCAGGUCUCGGUACAACCUGGGCAUCAGCUGUAUUAACCUCGGGGCACACAGGGAGGCGGCCCGCAACUUCCUGACUGCCUUAAGUCUUCAGAGGAAAAGCCGGAGUCGCCAGCAGUCCCACCAGGUGAUGUCUGGAAACAUCUGGGCUGCUCUGAGGAUAGCUUUAUCUAUGAUGGACCAGCCCGAACUCUUCCAGGCUGCAAAUAUUGGUGACCUGGAUCUUCUCAUGCGAGCCUUCAACCUAGACAUAUGA